CACUCCCCACCCCUCCUCUGGCCGCAGAGAAGGGCAUGGAGUUGGCGGGAGCCUAUAAAAGCCCUUGAGAGCGCGCUGGGGCCACGGUGCUGUGACAGCCUCCACGGGCAGAGCAGGGCCGCGCACCAUGUCCCACCACUGGGGAUACGGCAGCCACGACGGACCCGCUCACUGGCAUGAGCACUUUCCCAUCGCCAAUGGAGAGCGCCAGUCGCCCAUUGACAUCUGCCGCAAGUCCGCCAAGUACGACUCCUCUCUGAAGCCUCUUAGCUUCAGUUAUGAUGCCAGCACGGCCAGAAGCAUCGUCAACAACGGGCACUCCUUCAACGUGGAGUUUGAUGAUUCUUCUGACAAGUCAGUGGUGCAAGGAGGAGCAAUGGAUGGAGUCUACAGGCUGGUGCAGUUUCACAUUCACUGGGGAUCCUGUGAUGGCCAGGGAUCUGAGCACACCGUGGAUGGUGUGAAAUAUGAUGCAGAGCUCCAUAUUGUUCACUGGAAUGUAAAAUAUGGUAAAUUUGCUGAAGCUGUGAAGCAUCCUGAUGGUUUAGCUGUGGUGGGCAUCUUCAUGAAGGUGGGAAAUGCCAAGCCUGAGAUGCAGAAGGUUGUGGAUGCUCUGAGCUCCAUUCAAACCAAGGGAAAGCAAGCUUCCUUUACAAAUUUUGACCCCACUGGACUCCUUCCUGCAUGCAGAGACUACUGGACCUACCCUGGCUCACUGACAACACCACCACUGCUUGAAUGUGUGAUCUGGCACGUUCUGAAGGAGCCCAUCACUGUGAGCCCUGAGCAGAUGUGCAAACUCCGUGGCCUUUGCUUCAAUGCUGAGAAUGAGCCCGUGUGCCAUAUGGUGGACAACUGGCGCCCAUGUCAGCCUUUGAAGAGCAGAGAAGUCAGAGCCUCCUUCCAGUAACCUCAGUGCUGAGAGUGUUAGGAAUUGCUGUGUGUGAGGAGCCCCUUUUGCUAAGCCCAAAUCAAACCUUGCCAUGUGUGCCCAGGCAACAUCUUGUCUCCCAGAUCCAUUCUUUCUUUUGCUCUGCAUCUGAAAUGCCAGCUAUUGAAAUGUGAAAGGCUCUUGGCCGAAUGGGGAAGGGUUCUUAAGGUGUGGGGUUGGGGGAGGCAGGGGGUGGGUGGCUGUGUGCAUUUUUGGUGACUAUUACUGCCACUGACACUUCGGUAUGACAGUAAGUUGGCCACUUGGGAGAGGAUAUGGUGGUAGCAAAAUAAGCCAUUUUAAGAAACCUCAUCUACUGGUGUGAUAGUACACGUAACUAACGAUAACUUGAAGCUUUGUAAGAAGCACAGGAAUACAGAAUCUAGCUAUAAUUUAGAGAAAAAAGGUAUUUUGAGAAAGUUAAGCAAAAUGAAUAUUUAGAAUUAGACUUAGAUUUUAAGAAACUGACAUGUAAAUAUUUUUGAGACUAUUUUGCAUUUUUACCCGUGCUGUCAACAGCCUUAGUUACGUCUUAAUGGUAGUGUUGGGUUUUUUAAUUAAAAAUGUUCUAAAUUAAAUGUUAUCUUUAAAAGUUGUUAUUACCAUAGAAAUAAAGCAAAAUAUCUUUUCAUUGAAAUAAUAUAAGUUCUAAUUUAAAAAGGAAAAUAAUAUUGUAUUUUAGAUAACUUCUCUAAUAAAUCUAUACUUCUA